UGUUUUAUCUCUUUUAAUUUUAAUAUUUACGUAUGUACGUAUCGAGCGUCACCCACCCUCUUUCUUAAGUUGCGAAGACAUGCAAGUUAUUGGCGCCUUUGAUCUGAAAACAAAAUAAUUUUUCUUACAAAUCGGCUGCCUUGAACUUGUGUUGAGAUACAAAAAAUAGUCACGUGAAUACCUUUAACACAUAACAAUGUUGAUAAUUAAAGGACAGUAUUACUGUUAUUAAUAAGGUAUGGACGUAGAUAUUUCAGUUCAAAGAGGAUUUGUAUAUUUUACAAUUGGGAUCACUUUUUUCACUUCAUUAUUUUUAGGACUUAAAUAUGUUUUACGUAAAGUUACGGGUGUAACCAAAGGUGGUAAUGUCGACAAAACAAACUAUAAUCUGCCAUAUUUUGCACUUUUAGAAAUUUGUAACAGUCUAGUGUCACUGAUUCAGAGCUUGGUAGCUUCGUCUGUAGGGAUUCUUAUUGUUUCUUCUUGCUACAACGAUGUUAUGCAUGAAAGGAACUGGCUCUGUAACCGAUAUGCCUGGGUUAUCGUAGCCUACCUUUUGUACGACACUGCAUGCAUGUAUCUCGUACAUAGCUACAAACAUAAACAGGACCAAGUGAGCAAAUCACAUAGAGAGAGAGUGAUUUCCUUUUUCAGGAAAAAUCAGAUGAUGAUGAUACAUCACAUAAUAUUGCCUUUAGUUCUUUUCCCCGUUACCAUAUCCUUGAGGCGAGGUCUUGGGGACUUUUUCCUUGGAUGUUUUUACCUUGUGGAACUUAGUACCCCAUUUACAAAUCUACGAUCCAUAUUAAGUACGGCUACAAAAGUUCCAGGAUUUAUGUGGUUAAUGGCCUUUUCAUGAUUUUCACUUUUGCAUUCUGCCGAGUUUUUAUUUUUCUCAUCAUGUUCUGGGCAUAUGGCUUUCAGUAUAACAAGAGUGUCUUAGAGGUAAGUUUUAGUUUCUUUUCAAACUC